AUGCGGCAGGUGUGCUGCUCCAGCCAUCAUCACCUUGCCGACCUGAACCCAAUCCCCUACCCGCGGAGCCCUAGAACGCUACUCACCAGCGAAAACACAACACCACCAAAAAACAGCUUCCAAGAGGUGCGUUGCGACCGCGUGUUUGAGGCGAUGCGCCAGUGCUGCAUCAAGUUCAAGGCGUCUGGCUCCCUCGUCUGCGACGGGUACGACCUAGAACCCAGGAAGUUCGCUCCGUCAAUUAUGGAAAAUCGUCGUCGCAUCCAACCACUUGGUAAAAGGAGUUGGAUGUAUAGGUACCCAAGAACUUUCCAAAUCACUGCUACCUUAACUUUCCUUGGAAUUUUCUUAUCCAAACCGAUAUACGACUCCUUCUUCAGACAGCAGGAGUUAGUGGAUUAUACCGAACCGCCGACUACACUGUCACGAAGAAGAACUUCUAACUAGAACGUGGAAAAUUGAAAUGGACUCCGUCGCAAAAGCUCGAGAAAGAUUCGCGAAAUACCCCCUCGUAUUUGGAAAGUGUACAAAACAGGGUGUUCUGUACGCUCGGUGUGUGCUUCUAAAGGAGGACGCUGUGAAAAAGGACGAUUGUGCUAAAGAGUUUCAGGAGUUCAACUCGUGUUUGCAAUCAGCCGCUAAGAAUAUGAAAACCAGGAUUUGAGAAAGCAUCAUCAUGGAGCGAUUUCUCAACUUUCUCAAUUUGCCGUUCAAAUACCAUCUGAUCGCUGGAGUGGUCGUAAGAUUUAUUCUGAUAGUGUAUGGAGAUAUUCAUGAUAGGACUUAUGAUGUGCCCUACACUGACAUCGAUUACAAAGUGUUUACUGACGCGGCGAGACAUGUUCUCGCUGGAAAUUCGCCUUACAAACGCCACACGUAUCGAUACAGUCCCAUAGUAGCUUACCUCAUGGUGCCUAAUAUACUAGUCAGCAGAAAUUUUGGUAAAAUACUGUUUUCCUUUUUCGACAUUUUGGUCUCUUUAGCGGUCAAGGUGUUGGUCGAACAUCAGUUGCGAUCGACUGCAGAGGAUCGCGCAUCCAAAGUGGCAAUUUACUGUUCAUUAUUCUGGAUUUACAACCCUUUGGGUAUUUGCAUCUCGACUAGAGGAAACGCCGAUUCGAUGCCUUGCUUUUUUAUAAUAUUGUCCAUACUCUAUUUGCAAACCGACUUAGUGGCAGGGUUAUGGAAGUACAUCGUUUCUGGUGUUUUACUGGGCAUCUCCAUUCAUUUGCGGCUGUAUCCUUUAGCUUUCAGCUUCCCAAUGUAUCUUUCUCUCGGCGAAUAUAAGAUCAACCGUAGAACGACUAUUACAGAUGGUAUAUUGUCAUUGUGCCCGAAUAAGAAGCAAAUUGUGUUGGCGCUCAGUUGCAUCUCCACUUUGUCUCUGCUCACGUACAGCAUGUAUUUCUUGUACGGAUACGAAUUCCUUUUCGAGACGUACAUUUAUCACUUUUUCAGGAAAGAUACCAGACACAAUUUCUCGGUGUUGUUCUACUAUUCUUACUUGACAAUGGACCAUCUUUCGUUCGACAUAGUGAAGGCCAUCUCGCAGGCGUGCGAGUGUAUUGUUUUGUUCGUGCUAAGUUUGACAUUCGGUUGUGACCCCAAGACUUUGAGCUUCGCAUUGUUUUCGCAGGCGGUGAUUAUGGUUGCGUUCAAUAGCGUGAUUACGUCACAAUACUUUAUUUGGUUUUUGUCCCUUUUGCCUUUGGUUGUUCACAGUUUUCGGCUGAUACCGGCUAAGGCGUUGAUUCUUGCGACCAUUUGGAUAUCUGCUCAGUGUUCGUGGUUAUUCUACGCUUAUCUAUUAGAGUUUCAAUGUAGGGAGGUAUUUAUACUACUGUGGCUCAUGAGCAUAAUCUUCUUUUGUGCUAAUAUUUUUGUGUUGAGUGAAUUAGUUAGAUGCUACACUCCAGAUUUUGGAUUUGGAAAAAUAGCCUGUAUUAACAAACGCACCAAAUCUGAGUAGUGAUAUAUAAAUAAUAGAAUUAGAAUUCUAGAUUUUGUUUUAUAUAGAUAGGUUAGAUUGGAAAUAAA